AUGGAGAGCUUUAACUUCACAAAUUUAAACAACUCGUCCAACAGCAGCUACACGAGCACCUUGGACAGGGUCACGGAUGUGGUGGGCUGGGUAACCCUCGGCAUCGGGGUGCCCCUCAACUGCCUGGCCAUCUACGUCCUGUCCCACUCGGUGAAGGACGACCGCACCGGUCCCGUCUACAUCAUCAACCUCCUGGUGACGAACGCGUUCAACUUCUUCGGCCGCCCGAAGACCGGGAUGCAGCAUGGGGGCACCUCGGCCACCCCGGCCCCCGACUCCGCAUCUCUCGUCUUCUAUUAUGGCGUCAUCACCAACAUCUCCUUCAUGGUGUGUGUGGCUAUGGAAAGCCACGUGCGCUCCGCCCACCCGCGGUGGUACAGCCGCUACAGCACGGUGAGGCGCUCCACGCUGGUAUCGCUCAUCGCCUGGGUGACGCCCCUCGCCCUCCUGGCUCUCGCCAUCAAGGGCUACCUGCUGGUCUUCUCCAUCAGCCUGCUCUUCCCCCUGCCCUGCCUCAUCUUCCUCUUUCUGGAUUCAUGCAGGGUCUUAUGCUGCUCCACUUCCCAGCUGCCAAGCACCGAAAGGAAAAGGAUCGUGGGUACGCUCGCACUCCUUCUGGGCGACUACACUCUGCUCUUUCUGCCCUUUGUUUUAAAGACACUGUUGACAUCGCUGUCCAUGAAAGGCGGGCAGUACGAGGUGGAAGCCAUCACCAAUAUCCUGCUGGACUUCAGCCCACUCGUGGACCCCCUUCUGUUCCUCUUCGUGAAGAAUGACCCCAGAGACAUCGCGAAGGCCUUCCCCUGCUGUAGCAGGUUCUGUGUUCGGCCGCCAGAUGCGGGAACGGUUACCACGGCAACCAUCCCCACAGUGUCUGGAAGAGUGACAGGAGUGUAG